AUGGCGGAGCCCGAUCCUCACCCACAACGAAGAUCCUCGUCCCAGGCAUCUUCAGCUUCGAACAGGAGCUCGAAGUCUAGGACACUCCGUUCGAAGACUCAGAAGCGCAAUUCAGGAUCGAACGCUCCCACCGAUCUGACCUCAUUCCCAUCGUUGCCACCGAGCUCGCCGCCCGAUAACUCUUCCGCCUUGACACGCGGCAUGACAACUACGUUGCUGACAGGGGACCUUGGAGAGAGUGCCAAUGAUACUGGUCGUGGACGCAAGGCUACCCUGGCUCGACUGACGACAGGUGUCUCUCACACUUCAGGCCGGGCUGCACUUUUUAAUGAUUCGGUUCCGGCCCGUGAUAUUCCAGGCGCCCUGCACUUGGCCGACGAUGCACAUAUUGAGCGCAUGAUUGCUACUACGGGACCAGUCAAGAUCGUGAGGCAGUUUGCACGCGAUCUAGCCCAGCGGGAUGCCGAUGUUUCGGCGUUGCGGCAGCGGGCCGAUGCACGGGAGCGGGAACUGAAGAGGAUGCUUCGAGAAGUCUCGGUGUCUAACCAGGAUAUCGAGCGCCGACUGUAUCAGCUCGAAAACUCCCCGGAAGAUCCGAACUCAGAUGGGGACAGCAUCAAUAGUGCUAGCCAGGCUUCUAUGCAGUCGGGAUUGAACGGUCUCAUGUCCCAAGCCAUGACGGACGCAGUUGGGUCCACCGACGGUGAGCUUCCAGAGAACUCAUCUGAUCUUCAAGCAACGAUUCGGCCCCAGCGACCGGAGAAUGAAUCUGAUAACAGUGUGGCCAACCGCAAACGACAAGGCUCACUUCGCGGUUGGCAGGAUUAUAUCUUCGGAUCAGCCAAUGCCAGCCGCAAAACCAGUCGUGCCAGCAGUAUCAUGAGUGACAUGCAAGAAGUUGAUGAGGAAGAUGCUGAACGACCUCAUGCACCAAGCAACCCCUCCGUUCGCCGCAAGGCUCUUGAUGAUCAGUUGUUCCAACCUCCGAGUGGGAAACCUGGCUCUGUUGCGAGUGAUAGUAUAGGAAGACGGAUUGCCAGCGGCUCUACCAAUGGUGAUGACGUCAGUAUUCAUUCGCGCAAAUCCUCUCGCUCUCUCGGAUCAUGGACCGUCAAGUUGUUCGCCGGCAGUACUCAGUCGCCAAAGGAUGCCAGUGAUUCCGAGACUGGUCGCAAACAGCUCUCCGACAACCAUGAUAAAACAUCUGCUGCAAAAGGCUCAAUGAGUGCCGUGGCUGCCUUGAAAAGAAUCAACAGCAACACCAGUAUGCCAGCCUCUGGAGCACGCUCCGCAAGUGGCAACACCGGCACGGUCAGGGUCAACCCAGCCGCCAGGAGGAACCCAGGUACUAGUGCAUCGCAAGGCUCAACGGCAGCAGAGACCACAGGUCGGAGCGCAACCAACCAUGGUCCUGUGGAAAUGGACGCAAUCCUGCCUGUAGAGUCUCGCCCACCGACUCUCGCCCCUAUCUACAACAAUUGUCAGUCGGGAGAGUUCCUGACAGAUCGUUUUGGGUUUAUUUACGACCAGCGUCGCAAGAAACGUCAGCGAGAAGCAAACUCUAGCAAAACCGGCAAACACCGUUUGAGUAUCACCGAGACGCUUGGCAGCCUGCGCGGUGACUCUGACGUUGAAGAUGGCGAUCAAAAGCUCCCGUCAACAACACCCGAGACGCCUGCAUCUCCGCCUGGCUCGCCUGGCGACCCUGAGGAUAUAGCUGCUGGGUCUCGUCGCUGGCAAGACUACCUCAGGAUGCCAUCUCGUCCGACUGAGUUGCUUUCCCAUACGCCUUCCACUGCCCCUAUUGUUUCCUUGACUACAGCAGAGCAGAGUCACCCUCAAAGCUCCUCUGUCUCGGUGGAUAAAGGUGGAUCUCUAUCGCUCAAUUCCGCUCAACCAUCAGCAACUACUUCUGCCAUUACUGCGGAUCGACCCGAAUUUGCGGGAAUAUCUUCGGAGGAGCAGUCUGCGAUUCGAAUCAGUGCUUCUGAAACAGAGCCCGUGAAGCUUUUGCUCGAGCAGCUAACUGAUCUCCAUGAUACGUUACAACGCGACCGCACAGUGAGGUGGAAUGAGUUUCUACGCAAAGUGCGAGCAGAGCGUCGAAAGGAAGGAGAGGCAGCCGCGGCGGCAGCGGCGGCAGCAGCGUCGUCCGACCGAUCUGUCACUGCCGUAGACACCCCAGAAGCUACUCUUGCAGAUGGCGAGGUCGUUGGGAUUUCAGGCCUGGGGAAUAAAGGCAAGGUGGGCCGCGCUAAAUGGCGCGAGCUUCGAUCGCUCGUCCUCGGUGGUAUUCCUGUCGCCCUCCGUGCUAAAGUCUGGUCCGAAUGCAGUGGUGCAUCGGCAAUGCGGAUUCCCGGGUAUUAUGAUGACCUUGUUCGCGGAGUUGGUGGUACUGAGCCCGAUGCCGCAGUUGUUGCGCAGAUCGACAUGGAUAUUCACCGGACGCUGACGGAUAAUGUCUUCUUCCGUAAGGGACCGGGCGUGGCUAAACUCCGGGAAGUGCUUUUGGCAUACGCUUGCCGCAAUUCAGAGGUGGGCUAUUGCCAAGGCAUGAAUCUGAUCGCGGCAUCACUUCUGCUCAUUAUGCCCACGGCCGAGGAUGCAUUCUGGAUCCUAGCAUCCAUGAUCGAGAUCAUCCUUCCUCAGCAUUACUAUGAUCACGGCUUACUUGCAUCUCGCGCGGAUCAGGUCGUGCUCCGGCAAUAUGUCUCGGAAUUGUUGCCCAAGCUCUCUGCACAUCUGGACAACCUGGGCAUUGAGUUGGAAGCCCUUACCUUCCAAUGGUUUUUGUCGGUGUUUACCGAUUGUCUCUCUGCAGAAGCACUCUAUCGUGUGUGGGAUGUGAUUCUCUGUCUUAAUGUGACUAGUGCAGUCCCCAACGGACCGGCCGCGGCCACCUCUUCUGCCUCUAGCACGAAGGAUGGCAACGAUAGAGCUGUUUCUGCUGCGGAAGAACUUGCCUCUGGCAGUGGAGGUGGAAGCACGUUCUUGUUCCAGGUUGCUCUAGCGCUACUGAAACUUAAUGAGCCACAGUUACUGACAAUUUGCGACUCUCCGGCUGCUCUGUACAUGUACAUCAACCACCAGAUGACCAACCAUGCCAUCAGUAUUGAUGGCCUGAUCCAAGCUAGCGAAGCCCUUCGCAAUGUGGUACGCCGAGAGGAUGUCGUGUCCCGCCGGACAAUUGCUCUCCGGGAGAUGCACCAGUUCAACUAA